GACAUGAUCAGUGAUUCACAUCUGUAUAUAAGGGGACUGCAGGAUAUAGUGUGGUUAUCAAUUUCGUGCCUUAUUCUAUAGGGCUAUAUUCCUUCGCUGAAGGGUUUAAUUUGCGCCAUGGCUUCUCUCUUCGCGAGAACCAAGAGGUUCUCAUGGACUACUCUUCUGCUUCUUCUGGAGCUAUUCACAAUAGUCCUUCACACGGCAGAUGCUCAAAUUGGUGUUUGUUAUGGUAUGAUGGGCAACAAUCUACCACCGGCAAAUGAAGUGAUAGAUCUUUACAGAUCAAAUAACAUAAGGAGAAUGAGACUAUAUGAUCCUAAUGAAGCCGCUUUACAAGCACUUAGAAAUUCUGGCAUUGAACUCAUUCUUGGGGUGCCCAACUCAGACCUUCAAGGCCUUGCCACCAACGUUGACACUGCUCGUCAAUGGGUGCAAAGAAAUGUGUUGAACUUCUGGCCUAGUGUCAAAAUCAAGUACGUAGCAGUUGGCAAUGAAGUGAAUCCAGUUGGAGGAUCCUCUUGGCAAGCUCAAUAUGUUUUACCUGCCGUCCAAAACGUGUACCAAGCUAUAAGGGCUCAAGGCCUUCAUGAUCAAAUCAAGGUUACAACAGUUAUUGACACGACCCUAAUAGGAAACUCCUUCCCUCCAUCACAAGGCUCCUUUAGGGGUGAUGUGAGAUCAUACCUAGACCCCAUAAUUGGAUACUUAUUAUAUGCUGGGGCUCCUUUAUUAGUCAAUAUUUACCCUUAUUUUAGUUACUCUGGUAAUCCCCGUGACAUAUCACUUCCCUAUGCCCUUUUCACCUCACCAAAUGUUAUGGUAUGGGAUGGUCAAUAUGGGUACCAAAAUUUGUUUGAUGCUAUAUUGGAUUCGGUGCAUGCUGCCAUUGAUAACACAAGGAUUGGUUAUGUGGAGGUUGUUGUAUCUGAGAGUGGCUGGCCCUCAGAUGGAGGGUUUGGUGCCACUUAUGACAACGCACGUGUGUAUUUAGAAAAUUUGGUUCGUCGUUCUAGUAGAGGUAGCCCACGACGGCCUUCAAAGCCCACAGAGACUUAUAUAUUUGCCUUGUUUGAUGAGAAUAACAAGAGUCCAGAGAUAGAGAAACAUUUUGGGUUGUUCAAUCCCAACAAACAAAAGAAGUACCCAUUUGGAUUUGGUACAAAAAGGAAUGAGAAAGUUGUUAUUGAUGACUUCAAUGCAACAAUUUCCCUCAAGAGUGACAUGUAAGGUUGGAGUCCUACUCUUCAAAUUAAGUCUAUGAUAUUUCACCCAUAAAAUAAGAGAGAAUAUGUUAUUUGUGUGAAAUAUUUAUCCUUCGGUUUCGGAUGAAAGUUGAAAAGUUGAUAAAGAUGAAGCUAUAUAAUAUGAGACACUUUCCUAUGUUAUCUAAA